CGGGUGAAAUUCCGGCUCUCUGAUUGGCUGAGCUUCAGACAGGUGAAGAUGGCAGCUCAGGUGUCUGCGCUGCUGAGGCUGCUGCUGCUGCUGGGCGGCUCGGUGCUGCUCGCGCUCUCCCCACGGGGAUCCACUCCGGACUCUGAGCGAGGCAUGGCGGAGCUGCGGCGCGUGCAAAGCCUCGCGACUCAACCCAGGUACGGAGGGUGCUGGGCCCGAGCUCUUGAGAACCUGGACACGCGCUGCAGGGACAUGACGUCAGAGAGCCAGAGCCGCAUCGCGCUGAGCUUCACCUUCUGUCACCUGAGCAGCUCAGGCAGGGAUUUCCCAUCAUGCCCUGAGGGGUCGGAGGUCAGCAGCUGUACCGGUGUGAUGGACGCCGUGGCCUUCAACGCCUACACUGAGUUCUUCACGCACACACACUCCAUCUGUCAACACCUGCAGUCUGAAGCCUGGCAGAGCCGAGCGGAGAACACCAUGCACAGGUUGACGGAGAGCUCGGCUGGUGUAGCUGAGCAGCUUCAGUCCACCAGGCAGAUGGCUGAAGACCUCAUCGAUGCCCAGACCCUUGCCUUACAAGCACAGAAGGAGAUCCUUGAUAACGGAGAAGAGCUGAGAGUCACCCUGCAAGACUCGACCCAGGGUCUGCGCUCGGUGUUCUCGGAGCUGAACGGCGCCUCCAAGCAGCAGCAGGUGGCGCUGUCUGAGCUCUUCAACAGAGUUUCCUUCCUGCAGAGUUUCCUGAUGGUGGAGGCUCACAGCCUGAGCUCCUGCUGCUACAGCGCUGCUGCCAUCUGCACCGCCUUCCUCAUCACCGCCACCCAGCGCUCCUCCAGAGCCAGGUUAGUGUUGUUGACGUUGGUGUGUUUAAAUUUCUACCUGGAGAGGAAGAUCUACCAGUCUGUGAUGAACUCGGAUCAUCCUGAACACAAACACAUGGAGCUGGUCAGUACGUAUGUGAGUGUGUUGCGGCGCUUCAUGGUGUGUGUUGGAGUGUGUGUGCUGCUGGUUGUGUGUGUCCGGUACAGAGACCCCGUGCAGCAGAGUCUGCAUGUGCUGCAGCAGCUGAAGGAGACGCAGAGGAGCCUGCAGGAGGCGCUGCAGCAUGCAGAGAGUUUGGGGGAGCAGCAGCAGAAGAACAAUGAGCUGCAGGUGAAGAGGAGGUCAGGGAGCAGAAGAAGAGAGGAGUUGCUCAGGAGGAGAGAAGAAAUAAAAAUAGUGGAAGAAAAAGAAGAAGAAGAGGAAGAGGAGGAGGAGGAGGAGGAGGGGGAGGGGUGCAGCACUUUGUUGUCUCAGACCGACAUCACAGAUCUGUCUACCCUCUCACUCAUGGCUUGGACGCCUGACAGUUUCCUCAGCAGUACAGUGAACAGCUCUGCAGCCGACAGCACGCUGCUGCCCGACAUUACCCACAAUUCUUCAGUGCUGAGCACCACUACCCGGAAGGCCUCAGUGAGUCCGGCCAGGCGUCCCCGUCGCUCCUGCUCCUCCGCCCCUCUGGUGUACAGCAUCCUGGUGGAGGACGAACGGCCUCGUUACAGCCUGAGGAGCAGGAGAUCAGAGACCCACUGAAGGAGUCACAUUUGUCUCGUUUAUUGGUUGUUUAUAUGCUAUUUAUUUUAAACUGAAUUUUGUUGUUUUUCUGAAUAUAAAUUAAAUUGUUAU